GCCCUUUUACGACAGUGCAGUGUCGUGUGCUUGCUUUCCGGCAGCGAACGCUGAGCCCUGGCUGUAUCCGUCAGCGCAGCGCAAGUUGGGCAUUUUCUCGUGUCAAUGGGCUGCAGAACGUUAAAGUUUCUAGUGCCCCUACGGGAAUGAGCUUCUUUGAUCUUUUCCGAGGCUUUUUCGGCUUUCCUAGACCUCGGAGCCACAGAGAUCCUUUUUUUGGAGGGAUGACUCGAGGUGAUGACGAUGAUGAUGAUGAUGACGAAGAGGAGGAAGACAGAGGCACCCGGGGUCGAGAGAGCUAUAGAUUUGAUGAUUUUCAGCCACCAGAGGAAUUCGGUUUCAGCUUCAGCCCCGGAGGAGGGAUGCGGUUCCACGGCAACUUUGGCUUUGAUGAUCUAAUACGAGAUUUCAAUAGCAUCUUCAGCGAGAUGGGGGCCUGGACCUUGCCUUCCCACUCUCCUGAACUUCCAGGUCCUGAGUCAGAAACACCUGGUGAGAGACUGCGGGAGGGGCAGACAUUGCGGGACUCAAUGCUUAAGUACCCAGAUAGUCAUCAACCUAGGAUCUUUGAGGGGGUCUUGGAGAAUCAUGCAAGACCUGAAUCCCCCAAACCAGCUCCAGAUUGGGGGUCCCAGGGACCUUUUCAUAGGUUGGAUGAUAUAUGGCCUGUGACUCCCCAUUCUAGAGCCAGAGAGGACAAUGAUCUUGACUCCCAGGUUUCCCAGGAAGGUCUUGGUCCACUUCUUCAGCCCCAGCCCAAAACAUAUUUCAAGAGCGUCUCUGUGACCAAGAUCACUAAGCCAGAUGGGACAGUGGAGGAGCAUCGCACUGUAGUGGACAGUGAGGGCCAGAAAGAGACCACAGUGACCCAUCAAGAAGCACCUGGCAGUUCCAGAAGUGAUCCGGUGUCCCAAAGAUCUUCAGCUUUGGAUGAUCCCUUUUCCAUCUUGGAUUUGCUCCUAGGACGUUGGUUUCGGUCCCGGUAGCCUUGUUAACCUUCAGAAGCCUUCAGGUCCUUUCCACUCCCUUCCCAUUGCCCAUUGCCUAUAAGCUUAGCUUUUUCUGUCAUCCUAGGGUCUUGAGUGUGUGAAACAAUUAAUUAAGCUUAUGCAGUCUGUCAUUCAUCCAAACUGACCAAUAAAGCCUUUAUUUAUGCUAAA